AUGGCUACCGCACAGGAAACAUCAGCCCACCAGCUGCAGCGCGAGCAGGCUGAGGCUAAUCAGCACCCACACCUGAACGGCUUGUCCUUGACCAAUGACAAUGUCGCUGGAGCUGGUGUGACUGAAAAGGACUUCGUUGAGAAGCCUAUGACCGCCAGCUCUGGUACCUCGGUCCGCGACAUCGACGUUGACGAUGGUCUCGGUGGUGUCAAGCCCACCCCGGAGGAGCUCCUGACCCUACGCAAGGUCGGUGAGCCUUUGCCCAAGUCCGCCUUCUUGGUCGCCAUCGUCGAACUUUGUGAGCGUUUCACCUAUUACGGUGCCUCCGGUAUCUUCCAGAACUACAUCCAGCGCCCGCUCGAUGGCAGUGAGGGCCGUGGUGCUCUCGGUAUGGGACACCAGGGAGCCACUGGUCUCUCUACCUUCUUCCAGUUUUGGUGCUAUGUCACGCCCAUUCUCGGUGCCGUCAUUGCUGAUCAGUACCUCGGAAAGUAUAACACCAUCGUUAUCUUCUGCGGUGUCUACAUCGUCGGUCUUCUCAUCCUCACCUUGACUUCCAUCCCUGGUGCCCUCCAGGGAGGCGCUGGUCUUGGUGGUUUCGUUGCUGCUAUCAUCGUCAUUGGUCUCGGAACUGGUGGUAUCAAGUCCAACGUCGCUCCCCUGAUUGCCGAUCAGUACAAGCGUCGCCAGAUGGUUGUUGGCACCGACAAGAAGACUGGAGAGCGCGUCAUCAUCGACCCUGCGAUCACCAUCUCCAGAAUCUACAUGGUCUUUUAUUGGUGCAUCAACAUUGGUUCUCUGUCUCUCCUCGCGACUCCAUACAUGGAGCGCGAUAUCGACUUCUGGUCCGCCUACCUGAUGUGCUUGUGUGUCUUCUUCGUUGGUACCCUCGUCCUCGUCCUCGGUCGUAAGGUCUACGUCGUUCGCCCACCGCAGGGUUCUGUCAUCACCAACGCUUUCCGCGUUAUGGGUCAGAUGAUCAGGGCACGCAAGAUGGAUGGCGCAAAGCCUUCUUACCAGGCUGCUCUCGGAAAGACACCGACCACCCAGUGGGACGACCACUUCGUCGAUGAGGUUAAGCGUGCUCUUGUUGCGUGCAAGGUUUUCUGCUUCUACCCCAUCUACUGGGUCGUUUACGGCAAUUUCUCUAACAACUUCGUCACCCAGGCUGGUCAGAUGGCUGGUCAUGGCAUUCCCAACGAUCUGAUGCAGAACUUCGAUCCCAUCGCCAUUAUCGUCUUCCUGCCGCUUAUGGAUCAGUUCUUCUUCCCACUCCUCCGCAAGCACAAGAUCAACUUCCCUCCCAUCAACCGUAUCACCGCCGGUUUCUGGGUCGCUUCUCUCGCCAUGGUCUACGCCGCCGUUAUCCAGCACUAUAUCUACCAGGCCGGCCCUUGCUACGGUCACCCGCUCUGCGCGGCCAGCGAGAUUGACGGUGUUGCACAGGGCAACAACAUCCACAUCGCUACCCAAACUGGUGCCUACAUGCUCAUCGGUAUCUCCGAGAUUUUCGCCUCCGUCACUGGUCUCGAGUACGCCUACACCAAGGCGCCCCCCAGCAUGAAGUCCUUCGUCCAGUCUAUGUACCUGCUCACUAACGCUUUCGGAUCUGCUAUCUCUGAGGCGCUCAAUCCUCUCCUGUACGACCCCGCGAUCAUGUGGAUGUUCUGCAGUCUGGCUGUUGCUUCAUUCCUUGCUGGUUGCUUGAUCUGGAUCCUGUUCCACCACCUCAACGAUCAGGAGGAUGCUAUGAACGCUCUUGACCAGGAUUGCGACGACCCUACUCUGCGCAUGAGCAGUGUUCACAAUGACCGCACUGCUGGCAUGCACUCCCAUCACGAGGAGGAGAAGGGUGCCACCUACGCUUAG